AUGGCUUUACUCAACAAGACAAACACAAAUGUGUCUGCCUCCUGCACUGUGGACUCCUCAGUGGAGAGGAGCAUGUAUCCAACUGCCUAUUCUUUAUUUUUUAUCGUGGGAUUUCCCGCUAACUGCUUGUCUCUGUACGUGGCCUGGAUGCUAAUAAGGAGUGGAAACAGCAUAGCAGUCUACCUAUUCAAUCUGUCCAUCUCUGACCUGCUCUACGCUAUCUCUCUGCCUGUCUGGAUCGAGCUGGCCCUGAGGAAAUACGUGGACAAGACCCUGUGCAGUUUGGUGACUGUGAUCAUGUACAACAGCUUUUACGUCGGUUCAGGUCUCCUCUGCUGCAUCUCUGUUGAUCGCUUUCUAGCUGUGGUUUAUCCUCUCCACUUCCACUGGGUCCGGGAGGUGAGGACAGCAGCCUAUGUGAGCAUUGCUGUUUGGACUUUGGAAAUUUCUAUGCAUGUUAUCUUACUUGACCACACAGGGGCACUGCGAGCUUUCUCCUCAAGAUCCUGUACGGAUCAAGUGCCGAUGACAGCACAAGAAGCAAACGUCUCCCUAACAAGAGUCACCCUGGGCUUCCUGGUGCCCGUCUUCAUCAUGACCUUCUGUUUCCAGCAGAUCAUGCAGUCCCUCCGUCAGAGCUCCUCCAUCCUGGAAGAGGAGCGCAGAAAAGUGGGAGUGCUGCUCUUGUUUCUUCUGCUGACCUACAUCGUGGCCUUUCUGCCAUUCCAGACAGUCAUGCUGCUCAGGGCUGUGUUGGAGCCAGGGGCCUGUGUCUGGGCGGCAAGGCUCAGAAAUCCGUACCUGGUCACUGUUGCCACGACAACUAUUAACAGUACUCUGGAUCCCAUUAUCUAUUGUUUGAUUAGUGAGAGUGCUAAAAGAGAGAUCAGGAAGGUCAUAGAGAAGGGGAGAGGGGUUUUGAAGAAGAGCAAGUUGUUUGAGAGCUUCUCUGGAAUUCAGUAUGAGCUGAUGAAAACCACGUCUGCAAUGGAAAACCUAACCUUGGCCACCAACCUCUCAGAUUGUUUCUUAGACGAUGACAGCUUCAGGAGGAAGCCAUUCAUGGUGUUCUACAUGGCUACCAUCAUGGCUGCCAUCCCCACCAACGCCUUCUCCCUUUAUGUGUCCUUGCAGCACAUUAGACAGAAGAACGAGCUCGGCGUCUAUCUAUUCAACCUGGCUCUGAGUGACCUAACAUUCUCUAUUGGCCUUUCUCUGUGGCUGGACUUCCUGUGGAGGGGAGUGUGGGCACAUGGAGGCCAUGUUUGUGUGCUGUCUAUUUACUUCCUCUUCACUAACUUCUACACCAGCGAUGCCUUCCUCUGCUGCAUUGCUUUUGACCGCUACCUGGCAGUGGUUCACCCUUUAAAGUACAGGUUCUUGAGGAAAGUCGACACUGCAGCAGUGGUCAGUGCUGCCAUUUGGGUGCUGGUGGUUUGUUUCAAUGCUGCAACCAUCACCUGGGAGGACUCGUACUAUGAAAGCAGCAAGUUUUCAGUGUGCUUUGACAUAUUCCUCCCGAUGUCAGAGACCAUGGUCAGAGCUAAUAUUGCACGCUUCCUCCUUGGCUUCAUUUUUCCCGUUUUCCUGGUUGUGUUUUCCACCAGAGGAACCUUUAAGGCAUUGAAAUCCAACCAGGCCACAGAGGAAAAAGAACGUAAACAGAUUGCAAAGCUGCUAACAGUUGUUCUGCUCUGCCUUUUGUUGUCCUUCGGACCAAUUCACAUCAUGAUGCUUGUUCGCACAAUCGUGGAUGACUGCAAGACUGUAGCACUGCUCCUCUACCCGUACAAGAUCAGCCAAGCUAUGUCAAGCCUUAACUGCAUUUCAGACCCUCUACUUUAUUGCUUUAUUACGAGAACGGGGAAGGAAAAUGUAAAUCAGGUUGUUCUCCUUUUUCAGGUAAAGAAAAGAAGCAAAGAUGAAAGUGUGGUAUAG